AUGGAUAAAUUAAGUAAAUCACUUGAGGUUUUAAAAAUCCUUUCAUCUACAACAUCAGAUGCUAUAGCAGCAAGCAAUGAAAAAUCCCGAUUAGAUCCAAUGUCUAUAAGCAAAGAAAAAAUCCAUCAUUUAAAUAUUAUAACUGAUUUACUUUCUUCACAAUCGUUAAUUAAAAGCAAUACGGAUAAUUAUUUUAAAUUUCUUACAGCUAGUGUUGAAACAUUAUUUCUUAAUUGUGAUGAUAAUGAUCAUGAUGUACGAUUAGCUACAGAUGAAAAUCUUAAUAAAUUAAUUAAAAAUCUAAAAGAUAUACAUUUAACAAGAAUUCAAGUUGAAUUACAUCGCAUUAUAAAACGAAAUCCAAAUGUGGGGCCAAGAGCUUUGAAAGGUGCUUUAUGGAGAUUUGCUGAAUUAGCAAAUGUAAUACAUGCAAAAAAGAUUCGACCAUUUUUCGAUCAUUUAUUCGGAGCAUUUUGUUCGAUUGCAGCACGUUCAGAAGAUAUUGUUCAUGAAAAAUUACCAGAAUAUUAUGAAUUAAUUUUUCGUGUUCUUGGUCGAUCAAUUAAUGAUAAAGAAAUCAAAGAUCUUCUCUUGGCUUAUUUGGCAAAUAUGUCACAUGAAUCUUCACUUAUUCGUCGCUCAUCAGCUGCUUGUCUUAUUGUCAUAUGUCAUCAUUCUCGAUAUCCAAUGGCUAUAGCUCGUUAUCUAAUAACAUAUGCGACUGAUCAAUUACUUGAACAUCAUAAUCAAACUGAAAGUAUUCGUUUAAUAAAUGGAUAUCUUGGUUUAAUAAAAAAUCUUAUUCAAUUACUUGGCGAUAAUCUCGAAGAAUUUCUUUCAUCACCAAGAAAUCAUCAACAACCAUUAAAUACAAGUAAAAAUAUUGAUGCAAAUGAACAACAUGCUCCAAUAAAUAGUCGACAAAUAAUCGAAUCUGUUGAUAUUGUAUGUUAUCUUUGUUUACAACAUAAUGAUCAUAAUGUUGUAUCAAGUUCAUUAGAAACACUUGAAGUUAUACUUAAAUAUUCGAAUUUAUUUGAUUUUGAUCAAUUAUUAAUUUCAACAGAAAAUAAAUCAAUAGAACAAACACGUGUUAGUCAAACAUUACAAUCAGCUUAUCCAACAUAUCAACGUUCAUUUAUUGAAAUAAAUGAAUUACAACAAAAUCUAGCAAAUAAAAUGAAUGAUGAAUUAGAAUCAACAUCAAUAAAACGAACAUCAGCUGCUAAACUUGUUGAACAACUUAUAUCAAAAUAUAUAUUAAAUAUAGAUGGUACAGUAAAAACGAAUGAUGAAUCACGUGUUAGUAUUAAAUGCAAUACAGUAACAUGUCUUUCGUAUUUAUCAACAAUUGACCCAUUUGCAUUUUUUGAUUCAUUUGAUUAUCCAGCUGAAAUUAUUACAUAUCUUUUAUCUUUACGUGAACAUGAUGAUCCACAUUUACGUGGUGCAUGCGCUAAUUUACUUGCUAAAUUAAUUCAAACAACAGUUCAUCUUCUAACAAUAUCUCCACCCAUAUCAUCAUUAUCAAGUUCAUUUCAUAGUUCAUUUAUUAAUCAAUGUUCGCUUGUUUCAACUGAUUCACAAGAAAGUUCAAGAUUAGAUAUACAAUUAGGUAUUUUAGCUGAAUUACUUUCAACAUUUCGAUCAUGUUUGAAUGAUGAUAGUGCACGUGUGAUACAUGUUUCUUUAAAUGCUUUACGUACAUUAUUACCAGUUUUAUUAACUAAUAGUCAUGCAUUGACAAUAAUAGCUAUUGAAUUACUAGAAGAUGCUAUACAACAUAGUUCAAACACAUAUAUACUUGCUAAAGUUGCUUUAGCACAACUUAUUGGUGAAAUUGAUUUUCGUAUAUUAACGUAUCUUGAACAACAACAACAAGUGAAAAAAACUAAUCGAUCAUGGCUUGAUCGAUGUAUGGAUAUUAUCUUGAUAUUUCUUGCAGAUGAAGAUGCACGUGUUCGUCAAGUAGCAGCUACUACUUUUGCUAAAUUUGUCGAUCAUAGUUCAUUUUUACCUUGUCAAUGGCCAAUACAUUCCUUACUUAAAUGGAUUAAUUCUUCUUGUCAAUGGAUUUAUACAACACAUCGUUCGCUACAACCAACAAAUCCAUCCAUAAUUGUUUCCAAUACUGAAUCACAAUGUGAAACAAUUUCAUGUUUAUCAACUUUAAUAUUUGAUCGUUUAGCUCAAUCAUCAACUCGAAUACAAAUUGUUGGAUGUUUAGAAGGUAUAUCGGCGUUAGUAAAUGUUUUAACACCAACAACAGUUCGAUCAUUUUUUCAUAAUCAAUAUGAUGAACUUCGUUUACUUAUACAUUUUUUUAAACAUCCAUUUAUUUUACAUGAUCUUAAUAAUCUACAAAUAUUAUUCGAUAUUCUUAACGCAUUAUUCAUAAAUUUAUCAAAUUAUACAAAUGAAGUAAUUGAUAUUCAAUCAAUAGAAAAAGUUUUUCAUUUUUUAAUUAAAAUUUUAUCUAUAUUCGCUUGUAUUGUCGAAGAUACAUCGCCGCCAGCACCAGCAAUAUCAAAAAUAAAUUUUCCGCAAAUUCCUGCAUCACCACAACAGUUAAAAAAACGUUUUGAAAGUAAUACUGAUUCAAAUAAAGAUAAAGAUAUUAUUAAUAAUGAUGGAACAAAUUCAUUAACAACAAAUAAAGAUUCAUCGAUUAUAUCAUCAACACUUAGUAUAGAUAAAGAUAAGAAACUUACUCGAACACAAUUAGGUGCAUUUGGAAAUAAUCCAUCAAUGAUGAAAUUAUUUGAAUUAAUACGUGCAUCAUAUCAAACACAUAAAGCUGUAAUAAGUUCAUCUGACACAGAUCGAUUUGGACAAUUAUUAUCAACAACAUUAAUUUGUAUGAGAUCAGUUUUAAAUCUUGUUUCAAUACAAGAUAUUUCAAAACACUUAGACGAAACACUUAAUUAUCUUAAAUCAACAUUUAAUAUUGAUAAAAUAAAUACAAUUCUAUGUACACAAGAAUUUUUACAAAAUAUUCAUCAGUUAGCGACGAGUUCAUCCUCUGCUGAAAUGAAACCUGUAAUAAAUCCUAUUUCACAAACAACAACUAAUAAUUCAUUAACAAAUAUUCAUACAAUAACGAUUCGACAUCCAAUGAUGUAUUUAUUUGGAUCACGUCAUACAUCAAGUAUUAAUAGUGAUCAAUCAAUAGAAAAUACAAACAUUCGAGAAUUUUAUUUAACUGCAAAACAACGAAAAACAAUUGAACAUAUAAAACGUCCACCAAAUCGAAAUGAACGUACAAAAAUUGGUAAUUACAUUCGUUCAUUCGAAACAAUUGUUAUUCUUAGUCUUAAAAAAUAUGUUAUAUCAAAUGAAACUGAAUUUCAAGCAGCUGUACUUAAUUUACUCGUUCAAUUACUUUUACUUCGUGUUAAUUAUAGUUUAUUAGAUGCCGAUGAAGUUAGUUCUUAUUAUUUACCGCAUUUUCUUACUCAUAUAACUACACAACUUGAACUGAUUGAAGAUACCAUAUCAGGUUUUGAUGUAUCAGCACAUUUUAUUUACCGUAUUGCAGAAUUUCUUGUUAUAUUAUCACAUGAUACACUUCAUUCGAAACAAGUUAUUAAAGUACAAGAUUUAAUAAAACAUGGUGAUUUAUUAUUAGCAAGUGGACAUGAUCCUGAAACACAUGCCUUAUCAGCAUUAGAACCAGUUGUAUAUGAUUUAUUUCUUGUUCGACUUAAAACUGAUAAUAAAGAAUUAGAAGCACAACGAAUGGUUAUUGUUCAAACAUUAGUGAAACUUGUUCGAUAUAAUAAAGCUUUAAAAUUACUUACGGUUAUUCUUGAUAGUGUUCGAAGUGAAGUUGAUAAAUGGAAACGUCUUUCACGACAAAUUGUUGAUGCACUUCUUGGUCAGAUACAAUUGAAUGUUUUUGUUGCUUCAUACAAGGGUCAAUCAUUAUUAGAUAUUUAUUCAACACAAUUAACAUUAUUUGAUGUUGUAUCAUCAGUUGCAUUACGUCCAAUUGAUCCAUUUGUUGCUGCUUUUCAUUCAUUAGCAAAUAGAAAUGAUUUUGAUCGUCAUACAAUUAGUCGAUGGUUAAUGAAUAUUAAUAUUAUUCUUCGAUGUCUUAUUCAAAAUUCAACAGAAGAUGCUAUAUUAACACGAUGGAAAGAUAUUAUAUCAUCAGCUAAUGGUGGUACACGUGAUGAAACUUUUAGUGCAGCUUUACUUCGUAUUUUACAUGAUAUUGUAUUACGUCUUUUAACUAAUACUCGACAAUCACGUGGACAAAUUGAUAUGACAUUGGUUGCUCUUACAUCCGAUUAUCUUUAUUUAAUUAUAUAUAUUAUUGAAAAUGCUAAACAAUUUCGAACAAUAGUAAAUGAUUUUAGUCAAUUAUUAAUUCAUGAUGAAAGUGAUGAAACAGUUCAUCGUCUUGAUUCAUUUUCAUAUUUAAAUAUGUUAAGUGAAUAUUUUAAACUUCUAUCAUCAUUUUACAUUCCAUUAUUACUUCAAUGGACACAUAUACUUAAUAUUCUUGAUCAUACACAAGAACCUUGGUGGUCAUCAAUGUUAUCAAUACCAACUCCAUCAUCUUUAAUAACACAUUUAUCAAUAAGUGGUCAAUUACAAUCCUAUUGUGAUCUUAUUUGUCGUCAUGAAUUAUAUGUUGAACAUUUAACAUCAAUAAUAACACAUCGUCAUUUAUUAUUUUUAUUAUUUGAACAAAGUGAUACAUGUACAUAUGUACAUAAUUUAUUUGGUCUUAUACAUCGUACACCUGCUGCAAGUCAUUUAUUUGUUGAAUCAAUUUAUACAAAUUGGGAUCAUUUAUUAAAACGAAAUAAAAUAUUAUUAUCCUUAAAAAUUCUUCGUACACUUGAAGGUAUACAUUUAGAUGAAAGUGGUCUUUUAUUAGUUUUAUUAAUUGAACAAUUUCUUACAUUACCAUAUAUAUCAGUAUUACGUUUAACGGAAUUAAUUGUUUGUCGACGUAUUGAAAUGAUGUUAACACUUGAUGAACAAAUAUUACAUAAUCAAUUAAUGCCAAGAAAUUUACCAUUAAUUUUACAAGCAUUAACAUUAUCACAAACAAAUAAUAAACAUGAUAUGAAAUCAAAUGAACAUUUAUGGGCACUUAUACAACGUUUAAUUGGAAAAAUUGAUUAUAAACCAACGAUCUCAUUUGAUAUUGUUAAACCAGAAUUUAAAAAUCUGAAUAGUAAUGAUGAAGAUCAUACUCUUAAUUGGAUAAGAAAUAUUCAUUGUCCAAUGGAUAUAACACCAAAAAUUUAUGCACAAAUGCUUAAAAAUGUUGUCUAUAAAAAAUUAUUACCAUUUAUGAUGUCACCAGAUUUUGUUUGGUUAUCAAUGCCACAUUGUCUUCUUCUUGGUGUUAAGAUUCCGUCUUUGUGGCGUGCUUCAACAAGUGCAUUAAUUAAAAAAAUCAAUGAUCUAUGUUUUUCAUUACCAGCACAACGAUUAAUAUCGAAUGAAAUUAAUUUUAAUGAUGAUGAAUCAACACCUGAUUCAAUUUAUAUUAAAAGUCUUUUAUCAUGUUCUGCUAAUCAACCAUAUUUAAUUGCAUUAAUCGAUUCUAUGUAUAUUUAUUUCGAAACCAUUCAAAAUCAUACAGACUUAACUUGUCAAUUUUCAGCGGGUGAUAUACGUGAUUUAUUACGUUUUCUUAUAUUUAUUUCUGAAAUAAUCUAUAUAAAUAUUUUACAAAAAAAACCAUUUCUUAGUUGGAAUUUAAUUGAAAGUUUUUUUCGAUGUUUAACAAAAACUAUACAUAAUCCAAAUACAAUUAUUUAUCAAUUACUUUGUGUAACAGAUCAAAUAAUAUCAUGUUGUACAUUAGCAAAAACAAUUCUAUCAAUAUUUGAAUAUCUUUAUAAACGAUAUGGUUUAAUUCUUCCAAUUAAACAAACAAAACAAUUAUUACAAUCAUUUACGAAUUUAAUUGAACCAGAUAAUCGACCCUAUACACAGUAUUUACUUUUAGCAUUUAAUGAUCUUGAUUGUUUAUAUAAAUUAACAAAAGAAAUUAAAUAUAUUCCACAUUUUUAUCGAUAUUAUUUACGAACAAUAGCUAUAUUAUUAUUUCGUUUACCAAUAUUUAAUUCAUUUAUACGUAUACCAACACACUUUUGGAAAGAACGUACAAAUAAAUUACAAUUUGGUCAAAAUGAUUAUUGUUUAUCAUUAUUUUCUGUUGAUUUAUUACAACAUUCAGAUAUAAUGGCAGAUUAUAUUGAACGUAUAUCCUUUGUUGGAUGGUUAUCACGAACACAAUUUCAAGAAAUAUGGGUUACAUUUUUAGCUGCUAUUAAUCCACCAAGUCAAACUAAUGAUGAUAAUGAAUCAAUACCAAAUACUUUAACAAAAGAAGAAAUUUUAGAAACAAAUGCAACACAAUGUGUAUGGGUUCGUGGUGUAACAACAUUUCUAUUAAAUGCUCUUCGCCUCAAUUGCACAGGCAAUCCAGCUGAUAUGAUUCUUGAACAUCGAUCUCGAAAUAAACCUAUACAAUUUUUAUUGACUGAUAUUGGUGAUCAAUAUAUUCGAACACGUUCAACAUUAGAGACAAGUUCAAAUGAUUUAUUUACAAAUAUUGAACGACUAGGUACACAUGAUUUAUUAACAUAUGGACAACUUUCAUAUGAUACUAUAUUGGCAUCUAUACAAAGUAAUAAUGCAUCACCAUUACCAGCAAAUAGUUUAUUUGAUCGUUUAUUUUCACAUCAUGGUCUUGAUUUAACAUCAUCUUUACAAAUUCUAAUUGAAAUUUAUGUUCGUUGGUUAACAAACAAUUCAAAUGAUUUAUGUCUUCAAUUAAAAUAUGAAUUAAUUCGUUCAUUUAUAUAUCUUUCGGAUUUAUUUACAUCAUCACAACAAUUAACAAAUUUAUAUGAUAUAUGUGCUAAAUAUCAUAGUACAUGGUUUGAAGAAGAUGAUUUAAUGAUAUCAUUAAUAAGUUAUGGUUUAUGUAAAUCAGGUAUUCUUCUUGGUCAAACAGGAAAAGACUCGAAUGAAUUUUAUAAAAAUUUAAUUGAACGUAAUUUUAAAUUUUUAACUAAAACAAAUGCAUAUGCAUCAUGUUUAUUUUUACUUGAAAGUCAUGAAGAUGAUUUAAAUAAAUUAUUAAUACCAAUAUUAAAUCAAGAAUUAACGAAUGAUAUACAAACGAAUACAUUAAAAUUAAAUUUAGAUAUACGUUUAAAUAGUUUAAUAUUAGCUAAUUUAUUUUAUUUAAUUGAAAAUAAUCAAAUAAAUUCAUUUGAUACAUUAUCCUUAUUAUUUAAAGAUGAAUUAUUAGAUAUUAAUGAUAAUUUAACACAAGAAAUUGUAUCUAUUGGUCUUGAACGUCUUUUACUUCUUGGACAAUAUCCAAAAAAUGAUAUUUGGCGUUUAUAUAAACGUUCAAUUACGACAUUACGUCAAUCAACAUGGUUAAAUCUUAAUCAUCUUGUUUUAAUACUUGCACGUAUUUAUACAUUAUUACAAUCAACAAAUGAAAAUUCUAAUGCACAAAAUAAUGAAAAUACACAUGAUGAACAAGAAAUGAUUGAUGGAUCAUCAAUUACAUCAUCAUCAGAUAAUAUUGUUAUUGAACUUGUUGGAGAAUUAUAUGAACGUACAAAACAAUCAAGUACAUUACCAUAUGAAGCUAUACUUCUUCUUCGUCCAUUACCAUCAUUACUUGCACAUAUUGGUUUAUCAGAUCGUUUAAUGAAUAAAAUGGUUGUAGAAUUUGCUGCAUCAACACAACAAUUAUAUCCUCAAAUACUUGCUUAUACAGUUUUUGCUGUUUUUCGAGCAUUAAUUAAUGCACAUUAUUUAGCUAAAGUUAAUGAAUGGACUUUAUUAUCAAUGACAAGUGUUGCACAAAGAAAACCAAUACGUAUGGCUAUUUGGGGAUUAACAUGUCUUAUGUUAAGUGCAUGUCCAUCGCAUGCAAUUGCUGAUUCAUUGUUUCCAUUAGCUUUAUCACGUUAUAGUGCACGUUUUGAAGAAUUAGAUAAUCGUCUAUUUCUUCUUGCUGGUCGUGAAUAUUAUCAGCAGUUAAAUAAUAUUGAACAACGACGUCAAUUCGAGCAAGCGUUUAUUAAUGAAUCAAAUACAGAAAAAUUAUACUCUGAUUUACUUACACAUCUUCGAGAUACGAUCUCACCAUUGUCUUAA